CCAUACCCAGGAAUGUGCCUAAAACCUUUACUAGGAAUUCCCAAAGCUUGCAAUGUUGCAUUCCACUUUCAAAAACAUUGUGACAGAUGAUUUCAUUGCACUUCAUCUAAAGAGAAGUUUGACUUACAAGUGGGAAGAAGCAUUAACUACAUAGCACAUGUACAUGGACAUGUAAAUAGUAUAACAAUACAUGUACAUGUUGUAAAAGUUUAAAACUAAAUACAGAAUACUAGUAAAUAUUUGAAAAUUUGUUCCAAUUUGACAGCUUUGAAAUUAAGGAUUGAUGUGGAAACCAUGACACCUACAGAACACAACACACAGGAUUUUUCAACAGUAGAAUUGGGAGGGUCUCAAAAUGGUGGGCACCAGGAGGCAUCUGUGGCACCUGUGUCAUCAGGCCCUACCCAGCCUUCAUGUACAGGUGCUGAAGCUCCCCAAGCACCAAUAAGUCCCAUUCCUACAGAAGAAGAGGUCUUACGUUUACUUGCUUCAAACUACAUGCAGACUACACCUCCAAGUUGCAAGGCUGAUCGUGAUGAGUUUUUGACGUACCUGAAAGAAAUGCGAGUUGUUAUCACAGGUGUUAAGUUAGGAAGUUUGCUGAUAACCAUGAAGUGUGAUUCACUUGAGAUCCUGGAGAUAUUGUGGGAAGAUUAUUCAUCUGGUCAUCUUGGUGAAGUUGUUCAAAGAUGUUUUGUUACAGAAGAGAUCUUGAAAAAACUGAGCCUUGCAGAGUUGAAUCUACAAACAACAAUCUCAGAGGAGGAGUAUAUGGCAUGCAAGAUGUACUUUGAGAAAGAUCCAGCAGAAGAUCCAUGUGAAAGUGUAGCUGAACCUGUUGAAGAUGAUGAUGAUGUUGAUGAUGAUGAUGAUGAUGAUGAUGAUGAUAAUGAUGAUGAUCUGACCAAAACAGGUGAAACAGAUGAUAAAGAUGACUCAGUAUCAGAUAAUGAAGAUUUCAGUAGAAUCAAGACCAAAGGCGAAGAAAGAGGCUUGGAUUCAGCAAAGUUUUCCAUUGAACAAGUGCCUGCCUGUAAGAGCAUUGUUGUCAGUGGUAUUUCGGAUACUACCACGCCUGAUGCCAUUGAACUGUACUUUGAAAGUCGAAGAAGAGGUGGGGGACCUGUGGAGAGAGUACAAUUUGUUCCAAAGAGUGGUGUGGCUGUGGUUGUGUUUGAAGAUCCAAAAGAUAUGGAAAGUGUUUUAGCCAGGCAUGAAGAAGAACCACAUGUCUUAAAUCAAGCGCAACUGUCAAUUGGAAUUUACCAUGAAUUUCUAGAAAGCGAGGCAGGCGACGUGCCAGACGAUUCAAGUGGACUGGGAACUGUUGCUGUAGCUGUAGACCCGGAUGUAAUGGAAUUCGUCACCACUUCAGCAUUUCGUGAUGAACUAAGCAAUUCCCUGGCAGCAAAGAAGUGUGAAAUUACCUGGAAACCGAACAACAAAAUGGCUGUAAUAGUGUACCAAGGAGGAGACGAAAGUGAUUCGUGGCACUCCGAGUGCAUCGAUGAAGUACAAAAUUACCUCGGCAAAUUUGCAAAGCGCGACGUUCAAGUCAACAAGGAUUUCUGGAGAGCAGUGAAAACACAGUUAUCCAGUAUUCGCGCCUGCUUGGGAGUGGAUCCUCCGCUGGUCAAAACUAUCGAUGAUUUAUUUGCUGCCAGAAUUGUUUCUCUGAGCUCAGAUGUUAAAGAUUACCAGGAGAAGUUGAAAUCUAAAUUGGAAGAGAUAUACCGGGAGGAAACCAGAAAAACAUACCUGAAGAAGAACGUACCAGGCGUUCCUGAAGAACGCUUGAUUCUGUUGAAGAAGAUCAAGUUUGUGGAGAAACUUCAAGAGAACAACAAGGAGCUGGAAAUAAAGUUAGACACUGAAGGCGAAGAAAUCUAUUUUGAAGGUCCUUGGCUACAGUUUACUGAAGCAACUAUGAAGUUCAAAAAACAAAUGUCGGACAUGGUUGAAAACACUUUGACUUUGUCCGACGGCAUCUUAGAAGUUUUAGGCUCAGAUGAAGGGUUAAAGAAAGUGAAGAGUGAGUUGGAAAAGAAUAACGUGGAGGCAGUGUUCGUCAUUGACAAAGAUACCAAGAUCGUGGGCACGUCAGCUGCGCAUGCAGACAAUGCCACGAGGCUCCUGAACAAGCUGAUGUUGGAAGAAAAAGUGGAUGAUAAGAGCAAAUGCUUGUUAAAAUCACCAGAGUGGCUCUCGUUGUGUGACGAAAUCAACACUGAAACAUCUGUCCGUAUCCAUAGGAACAACUGGAAUGACACCUACGUGGCUGGGUUCCGGGAUGACGUCAUAGAGGUGAUGAAGAAGCUUAAUACAUUCUUGGAGAGCAACUGCAUCAGGGAAGAAUUGUUUGUAUGUUCAUCUCAGAUUGUCAGAAGGUAUCUUACCGAGCUUCGUCAGGAAGAAUUGGGCUCCAUUGAAAAUGAAUUGAAGGAUUUUGAAGUGAAGAUUAACAAAGGAAAAGGCGAAAACGAAUUUUACAUUUCUGGAAACAAAGAAGGUUUGAUUCGUUUGAGAAGAAAGCUUGACGCUCUUAUAAAUGACACCGCCUCAAAAACCUUUCAGGUGAAACAGCCAGGCCUCCAGAAGUACUUUGAAAGCAGAAAAGGAGAUCGUCUUGUGAAAUCAGUGGAAAAGGAUUACAACUGUGCCAUACACGUACAGAAGCAUUUUGGCCAGAGGCGUGAUGACUUCAGUGAUGAUGAUGAUGAUGACGAUGACGAUGAGGAUGAUGAAGACGACGAAGACGACUACGACGGGGCUGCUUUUAGUAGGUCUGAUGUAUCUACCUUGGUUACGACCAAAGGCCACCACAGAAUAUCUUUGAGAGCUGCAAAUAUUGAGACAGAGAAGGCUGAUGUAUUGGUCAGUUCAGUGGGAGCAUCGUGUCAAGCGAUUAUCAAUGCUGGUGUUCCUGUAAUGAACACUCCAAACCUUGGAGAUAUUGCUGUCUCUCCUGGUUUUCCCUUGGCCAAUCACGUGGUCAACACUUCCUGUUGCCAAUGGAAUGGUGGUGAAGGGGAGGCGACUCUACGGGCCCUUGUCCAAAAGUGUCUACAAAAGGCGGAAGAGCUUAGAGCGAGGUCAAUCACAUUCCCUGUCAUAGGCACUGGAAAACUGGGCUUCCCGCGGGACGCAGCCUCAAGAAUCAUGUUGGAAGAAACGAUCAGCUUUUGCCAAGCCAACCCUGUGUCUAAAGUGCGGGAUAUUCGAUUUCUCGUGUUCCAGCAAGAUCAGGCAUUAACAGCUGCCUUCAAACAAGAAGUGGACAAAUUGAGAGCUAAGCACAAAUUCGGUCCUGCCUACACUAUGAGAGGGCUGCUCAGCAGUAUUCGUUCUAAGUUCCCACGAAGGGUGCCACUCUCACCGGGGCGUGUGCGUACCCAGGUUGUGCUAGGUGACUUGUGCCUGGAGACAACAGACGCCAUUGUGACUAUAACCAGCAAAGAUAUGAAUAUGGAGACUGCCGGGGCUUUGAGCAAGGCAGUAAAACAAGCAAGUGGUCCUCAAGUGGAGGCUGAGCGCAAUCAGUUGGGACAGCAGUCGGGUGGAUCAGCGGUGAUUACUAGUGGUGGGAGUUUGGUGGCACGUCACAUCAUUCACUUGAUCCCAGACUCUGCGAGAAAGGAUCGUCUGCAGCAGUGCGUGGAAAAAUGCCUUCGUCUUGCAGAAAUGAAAGGUCUUCAAUCCAUUUCUAUCCCAGCAAUUGGAACUGGAGCAUUCGGUUUGUCUGCUGUGGACUCGGCCAGCCUGAUAUUUCAAGCUCUUGGCAACUUUAGCGGAAGUUUCAACAGCAUUCGUAAAGUUAGGGUCGUGGUCUUCCAACCUCAAAUGCUGCAGGCAUUUCAGCAGGAGCACCUGAGGCACUCCUCGUAUUCUAGUGGAGGCACGCCUUCACAUAUUGGUAUAGAUCUCCGCUUCAGUGUGGAAGUCAUAAAUGGUGAUCUAACUCAAGAGAAAACCGACGCCAUCAUGAAUAUCAACAGCACAGAUUUGAACAUGAAUAACGCUGGCGCAUUAAGUAAAGCGAUAGCAAAAAUGAGCGGGCCACAGGUUCAACAAGAGUGCAGCCAGCUGGGACAGCAGUCCGCUGGCUCAGCUGUGAUGACCAGUGGCGGGAACUUAAAUGUUCGUCACAUCAUUCAUAUAAUUCCGGGCUCUUCAGAUAAACAACAUCUUCAGCUAUGUUUGGAGGAGGGUCUUCGUGUUGCAGAUGCACACAACCUUCGAUCGAUCUCAAUUCCAAGCGUUGGUACUGGCAGAUAUGGCUUGUCCGCGGCUGAAUCGGCUCAGGUAAUGUUUCAAGCGCUCAACAACUUCAAUGGCAGUUGUGAAAGUGUUUGCAAAGUGAGAGUGGUUGUAUUUCAAGCUCAAAUGAUGCAGGCAUUUUUGCAAGAACAGCAGAGACACUCAAUGCAAGCUUUGGACGAAGAAGAAAGCGACUCGUCUUCAGAUGAGACAGAUUUUGGCCAGCCAAGAAUGCGCGUAAGAAGUCCAAUAAAACAAACAAGUCUAGACCACUCUGUGCGAAUUUGUGUGGUCGGCAAGAAAAAAGCUGGAGUGGAAAAAGCUGUGGAGUCUUUGAAGAAAGGUUUCUUUGAAGCUUGUACCACUGAGAAAGUCGAAAAUGAGGUCAUUAGUCAACUUUCUCAUAAACAGGUUGACAGCCUGAGAAGAAAAGCCGAGGAUCGUGACGUCAAACUUGAAGUCGAGGCAGAUGAUAAUUGCAUCGUCGUACAAGGUCAACCGGCUGAUGUGUCCGGCAUGAUCGGGGAGAUCUGGAAAGAGAUUAGCGAAAGAACAAAGAAGAGCCAGGAGGAAGAACAGGCGCAGCUGGUGUCAAGGAACAUAGAGUGGAGUUAUGAAAUACAUGGUAGUAAAAUGGUUUUCGGUCGGAAAGCCAACGCCAAGAUUGAGAUGGCGUGCAGCAAAGAUGAACCCAGAGUGCAAGUAUCUUUACAUGGAGAGCUGUUUGUUCUCGAUUUGAAGGCAAAAACUGGCCGCGGACAAGGAACCGGUGAACAAAUCACACUGAAGAGAAAGGUGAAGGGAGCUGAAGAAGGGUGAAGUUGUAUGUGGAUAGCUUCCUUGACCCUAGUUGUGUACCAGUGAGGAUCUCGAUCAAUAAACUUGACCUGGUUCCAAAUCGGAUAGUCGCCGGUCUCAUGGGCAUGGUCAGAAACGGCAAAGGUCUGGGUAUGGGCAAGUCGUAUAUCUCUGUUGUGUUCUUUGAUCUUCUCCUGCAUAGUUAGAUACUUGCCAGAACAAUGGAACAAUAGGAGGAUCGAAAUGGACCAAUCACAGCCUACCUUCGUGAUAUAAAUAAUGUUGUACAAUCAGUCGACCUCAUCAGUAGUAUAGCACGCUUAUUUGCUCCCUAACCAAUCAGAGCACAGUACAUAUUAUUAGCAUCUCAUUAAAAUGGCUCGACCAAUCAGAGAGCCGGAUUUCAUCCACGUGAGUAAAUUUGUGAUGUAGUUGAUUUUGAGGACCGAAGAGCCAAUCCGGAGCCAAAUUAAGAAUUCAAGAUGGUGGCGCCCACAAAAGUCGACCAUGUUGGAAAACAGCCCAUCAGUCUCAACAGAGGACUGGGAUCGGUCUCAAAGAUUUCCAUGGCAACACAAAUCACGCCAGGGUCACGCAAAACUGUCAUGCAACUUCAAACUCGAUACUUUCAGUGUCCUGUGGUCCUAAACGACAGAGGUCCGUCUGACAAGUGGCCAUGAUGAAGACUGAGAUUCUUGAGUCCGAGACUAGCCUAUAUAAGGUGGUAAAAACCAUCGUGGGACAAUGACCUCAUCGGUAUCCAAUCAGAAUAAAUUAAAGUACUUGCAGUGGUUGGCUUUCCCAGUCGCCCUCUCUUAAGGAGAGCACUAAACCCCCAGCGUGUCGGUAAGUGGGGCACUCCCCAAGGUAUUUCUCGGUAGAGAUGAAAAAGGGAAGGGGUAUCCUCAAACGUCAAUGAUCACACAGAAUUGAAAACGAAAAACUUUUUUUAAUCACUGAAGAAGGGCUAACAAAUCCCAGUAACUUGUUUUCCCAUGAUCUCGUCCAGUACGAAAACAGAA